AUGCCAGAGAUUCCAUUAUACCACGUAUUGAAUGCUUGUAUCUCCUUUGGCAAUCUCUAUGGUGAAGACUCAUCAGCCUAUGGCGUUACUUGUCUCCUCCGAUCAUCUGAGAGUGGUUCACUAGCAGGUGCGGCCCAGCAACAACUAGGAGACAGUUCUGACUCCGCCUCGAAGCCUUUGCUAUCUGGCCAUCCAUCCGGAGUCGUGAACAAGGAUACUUCUACUGAGGCUGUAGAGCAAAUCGAUUCACCAAAAUGUAUUGUAGAUGAAAGCGUCUUUGAUGUUGGCCGAGAUGAAAAUUCGCCUGGCCAUUACGGCAGUCUGGAUGAGGAGGAACAGAUGGUUCAAAUGGCGGUCCAACGCAGUCUUGCAGAGCAUGGCGGCUCGGACCAGUUGCUAAUGCGCGAGUAUUCCUUGCAAAAACGAGGUCUACUAGAGUGUCGGAAUUCGGAAUACGUGGAUCCAGAAGAAGCAAUGCUCCAAAAAGCCAUUGUUGCCAGCCUUAGCGUUGAGGGUGAGGAAAUACCUGUAACCUCUGCAGAUGAUGCCUAUAUUAAGGCCAUUGAGGCCUCGAAACAAGAGCUGCUCCUAGAGGAGAGAAGGGCUCGAGCUGAAGAAGAGGAACUAAAACGAGUGCUAGAAAUGUCAAAGCUAAUGAAGUAA